UUUUAAUAGCGAGUUCAUGUCAACUCUAUUGCCACUGCGUCAGAAAGCGUAGCGGAAAUGACACACAAUGUCAUCUGCAAUCAACUCUCAUUCAUUAAGUUGAUGAAUGAGUUGUAUUGACUCUGCAUUAUGAUUAAGUUAUUUCGAUUUCCGUGGAUAUCAUUGUGUCUACAACUUACUUUUGAUUGCUAAACAUCUCGAGAUCAUAGUUUGAUCAUUAAUUGAUUUACAGUAAGCGUUUUAGGAAAGGAGAACAUAAAGUGGUCUUGUUUUGCAUCGACUCGGUGGCAGCGCAACUCAACGCGCUUCUCACACAGAACGGAAUAGCCUCCGCGAGACCUAUACGCACCAUGGCUCGGUUUCGAAAGAAAGCAUGCAUAGCCCUGUUAUUAUUUACAAUAUUUGUUUUUGGUACCAUGAUGGGGUUGAGGACCUUAAAGCCCAGUGAUGGAUUCUCAGACAUGGCCCCGGGGUUGGACCUGGAGAUGAUGGUUGGGGGAAAGAUUGAUCGGCGCUCUGUGUCCCAAGACAUGGCAGUGUCUCCAGAUCAAGCCCGUCCAGCUUCUAGCAACACCAAAGUACUUUUAUCGAACUCUGGACCUGAAGGAAUCAUUUUUUACGACGUCCAUAUAUUUUACCAUUUGUGGUACGGGACUCCGCACAUGGACGGGAAAUACAUGCAUUGGGACCACGCACUGGUACAGCACUGGGACCCCAAAAUCGCUUCCAGUUAUCCGAGGGGAAGGCACAUGCCGCCGGAAGACAUCGGAUCCAGUUUCUAUCCCGAGCUUGGUCCAUACAGUUCCAGGGAUCCUGACGUUAUAGAGUCCCACAUGGAGCAGAUUGGAGCGGCUGCAGCAGGGGUUAUAGUACUGUCCUGGUACCCUCCAGGCGUGGCUGAUGACAACGGUGAACCCACAGAAGACUUGGUGCCAGCUGUUCUGGAUGCUGCCUAUAGACACAACCUUAAGGUUGCAUUUCAUAUCCAGCCAUACAGAGGAAGGACCGACCAGAGUGUACAUGACAACAUCAGGUACAUCAUCGACAGGUAUGGGGACCAUGGAGCUUUCUACAAGUUCACCUCCAGCACAGGGAAGGUACUGCCUUUCUUCUACAUCUAUGACUCCUACCUGACCCCUCCAGAGGCCUGGUCUGACCUCUUGACCCCCGCAGGCUCCCACAGCCUGCGGGGAACGGCCUACGACGCCGUCUUCCUCGCCCUCAUUGUGGAGGAACGGCACAAACACGACAUCCUGGCUGGCGGCUUCGACGGCAUGUACACCUACUUUGCCUCGAAUGGCUUCUCUUUCGGAUCCUCCCACCAAAACUGGAAGGCGAUCAAGGCGUUCUGCGAUGGCAACAACCUGCUGUUCGUCCCCAGCGUGGGGCCCGGCUACAUCGACACCAGCAUCCGGCCGUGGAACAACCACAACACGCGGAACCGCGUCAACGGACGCUACUACGAGAUGGCCCUGCAGGCUGCGCUCGGCGUGCGGCCGGAGGUUGUCACCAUCACGUCCUUUAACGAGUGGCACGAGGGCACGCAGAUCGAGAAGGCGGUGCCGAAGAAGACAGUGACACGCCUGUACUUAGACUACCAGCCCCAUCAGCCUGAACUUUACCUGGAGCUGACCCGGAGAUGGGCUGAGCAGUUCAAUAAGGAGAAGGAGCAGUGGCUCAUGUGAACUGGCUUAGCGUGUGUGUGUGAAAUGAAGGAGUGUGUGUAUGGACUGGCAGACUAUUCAGUGGGGGUAGUACCUAUGUGGAUGUGUGCCAGGACACCAGAAAAAAAAAACCAACUAAAAGUGUGAGGUAGAGAAUCUCACUCUUGGUUGGACACUUCUCAGCCAUUAGUGGCAUUGUGUGGUUUUAUUUGAAACUAAUUCGGCCAAUGACAUCUCAGACUUACAAGUGCUGCAGAGACUUGCUCGGCUCAGUCCUCCACGGAACCAUUCUUAUAAUCAGGCGACCCCCUUCUUCUCUUCACGCAUGGACACUUUCAAGUAAACCGUACAGUACCCUGUGUAUUUUAUGCAUUAUGAAUACAUCACUUUGUCCUACCCGAGGAACUACUGCUCAGUGUAGUAUGUAAUUCUCGCGACAUAACCUUGCUUACAAGUAGCAGUAAUUUCCUUUCAGCACCACAUCCAUAUUUAUCAUAAGACAAGAGUAAAUAAAACAUCUUGGUUUUUAGGAGCGUUAACCAACAAAACCAAAUGAUGUAUGAACUCACAUUUAUGGGUAAAGGAUGAGAAGACACUUGUGUCACAGUGCUCAUCUUCUAAUCAUGGCCUGCAGCAGGUUUUAAUGUUUGUGUGGCUUCAAAACAGCAGACAACAGCCCGAGGACACGGUUUACGGUUGACCACCGAAUGGUUUAGCGGUGCACACCGGUAGGGGGACAGGCAAGUCAAGCA